ACAAAGUAGAUGUCCUAACCAACUUGCCAAAACUAUAGUUUGUUAACAAAACAUUUUUGGAGUGGUUGAAAAACGAGUUUUAAUAACUCCAACUUAACUGAAUGUAAACUUCUGACUAUCUACUUAUCUACUUGCUCAAAGGCAGAAGAAUUGUUAUGUACUGUUGAAAUCUGAAUCUCUGAAUCACAUGCAGACCUACAGUAUGCUGUAUGUUAAAUGAUACUUUUGCAUUUCCCUGUGUGGGUUGGAAUUCACAUGGAAAAUACAGUAUUGAAUCUUUGGGGGUGGGCCUGUUUUGAAAUAUAACACACAUUAUUUAAAUCUUUUGUCUUUUUAUUUUUUUUUACAUUGCACAAUGUCUGCAUUGGCGAUGCUCGUCACAAGGAAUACUACUACUACUGUAGGCUGUGUUGUUAUUGCCAUGUUUGCUGACAGUUGAUGGAAAGAUCAACAGCUUUUGUUGUUCGCUUGCCAAUCCAGGAAGUGGUAAAGGACUAUUUUACAUGUGCCACUUGUACAUACACUUGUUAUGUAAAUCGUUCGAAAAUCAGCUCCUCCUCAAUUUCUACACAUUACACAACGGGUGUGCAGUACUUGUUUCGUAGGCAUGUUCUAGGCAGAACAGCUAUUAAAUGGUUGAGAUUUUGAUUCAUUGUUUGGAAUGCUUGUGGUUGUUAUGUCUGUAUGCUGCCAAUGCCAGACUGUCAAUGAAAAGAUAACAACGAAACAAGUGCUGUGCCCUGUGUCAGGCAUAAUAGUGAGCUCCCCUGCGGAGGUCCAUUCUGUGAGGGGUGAUGCCGUCACCCUGACUUGCACCUUCACCUCUACCAGCCGAGCCACCAGCCGUAUGUCAGUGGACUGGUCCUACAGGCCCCAGACCGGAGGCCCUCCGCAGGCAUUCUUCCACUUCUCCUCUCUGGUGUUCCCUCCGCGGGACGGCCAGUUUAAUGGGCGUGUGAAGUGGCUGGGCAGCCCGGCCCGGGGCGAGGCCUCCAUCCAGCUCCUCAACGCCUCCCUCAGCGACAACGGCACCUACACCUGCUCCGUCAGGAACCCCCCCGACGUCCACGGAUUCCCCACCUCACAGACCGUCCUCACCGUGACGCCCGAAGUGCUAGCAGUUCACUUCUCGGACGUGGCGGUGCUUUUAGCCUUCAUCCUGCUUCCUUCCGCCAUCAUUACGCUGGCUCUGCUGGGUCGCAUGUGCUGCUCUCCGAGGGACAGGAGCCAGGCCCAGGGUUACCAAUCACCCAUUGAGGUCACACCUGGAGAGGAGACUGGCUUCAAGCAGAUCCACAGAAAGGAGAAAAACAUGACAUGCUGCCACAUAUAUUUGCUGGAUUCCGACUAUGAGGAUUACUACGUCCACAAAGAGAGGCCUCCGGCUCAGGGAGAGACCAUGGCCGAGUCUCAGUGCUAGAGUUCCCUGGUGGUGGUCUGUAAGAACAGCGGCCACCUCCAUGCCUUGCCAACGGGAGGGGUUGAACGGAAUUCUCACUUACACUGUUAAAAAUGCCAAGAUUCCUGGACUUGGCUCUGUGGAAGGGGCAGUUUCUCACACACACCUCCCUUCUCUCAUGGCUUGUCCACAGCUGAUUCCGCUGGUGGGAUAAAUGUGAAUCCUGUGCCAGACACACACACACGUUUAGCACUAUACUCUAAACAUUUCUGGAUGGAUUUUCUUAUUAUGAAGGAGAUGCAUAUAUUACUAAGUUAUUGUCUGCUUUAUAACUUUGGAAAUUUAAAAUAAUUGUUUUUGUACAGCUAUUAUGCGAGUUUUUUUUGAACUAUCGGUCUUCAUGAAAUCUAUUGCUAGAAUUGUAGACAAUCUUUACCUGUGGCUACAUCUGCUUCAUUGAGUCCAAUUAAUAUUAUUUUAAACAUAUCUUUAGAGUUAGUGUUACAUUUAAACCCGCUCAGGAGUGGACAUAUGACCUCACAUUCUGAGGUUGAAUGAAUUUACAGGAUUUGAUUUACAUGUUAGAAUUUGGAUGUACAGUGUAGUGAAUGUUGUUGAAUGCAUGUAUGUGCAAAAUGUAUUAUAAUUCUGCUUAAUAAAAUACAUAAACGUU